AAGGUGCCUUUCAGCUCUCAUGGCAACUACGAGCACUGAACGCGUCCUCAAUGACACUUCAAAAAUAGAUUUCAGCUACUUCGGAGGUGCUGAAUCUCUGGACGAAGGCCGGUCGCCACGUAGAACUACGGUCAUUUCACCUACAGCAGAAGAUGAUGGCCGAUCAUACCCCGGACCUGCUCAGGAUCCAUCGGAUUUCCUCUGGGUAAUGACAGAAGAGCCUCAUCGUUCUCGAAGAAUGGCCAUCAUGAAAGCACAUCCCGAGAACAUUAGGUUACGAAGCUCAUGGGUUAUGAACCCUUGACAAAAUACGUUGUUUUGUUCGUGGUUUCUUUGCAAGUCACCCUUGCCAUAUUGCUUCGCCAUACCAAGGUGCUUUCUCCAUGGUUUAUAUUUAUUGCUUACGCGAUCGGAGGAACUGCCAACCACAAUUUAUUCUUGGCCAUCCAUGAGAUUACCCAUAAUUUGGCCUUCAAGGGCGUAAAGGCAAACAAAGCUCUCGCCAUUUUCGCGAACUUGCCUAUCGGCAUUCCAUAUUCAACCGCUUUCAAGAAAUAUCACAUUGAGCAUCACAAGGCUCUUGGAGAAGAUGGCGUUGAUACUGACCUUCCUACACGUCUGGAGCUCAUUUGUCUGAAUAAUGUCCUAGGGAAGGUCUUCUUCGCAACUUUCCAAAUACUCUUCUACGCUCUCCGUCCCGGUUUCGUGCGCUCGCAAGAGCUGACCCAGUGGCAUUUCCUCAACCUCGUGGUUCAGCUUGUUUUCGACUAUGUGCUGAUUACGAACUUUGGUAUUCGCCCUUUUAUAUACCUGCUCGCGUCCAGUUUCUUUGCUGGUAGUCUACACCCGCUAUCCGGUCAUUUCAUCGCUGAACACUAUCUCUGGGACGGGUUAGCACAAGAGACCUACUCAUACUACGGGCCUCUCAAUGUGCUUGCCUAUAAUGUCGGAUACCACAACGAGCACCACGACUUCCCUGCAGUUGCUUGGACACGUCUUCCCGCAUUGCGGGAACUGGCACCGGAGUUUUACGAUACCCUUCCUUCACAUCCGUCCUGGCCUAUGGUCAUUAUCAACUUCAUUAGGGAUCCUGAGGUCGGGAUCUUUGCUCGGGUCAAGAGGUUGAGCAAAGAGUCUCGCGUAGACAAGAAGAUAGAUGCGACUGUAGAGCAAUAGAUACCAAGAAGAGUUCUUGCGUAUACCCUUCGGUUGGACAUCUUGACAGUGGUGUUUGGAUACAUAGUAUUGUAUUUGAACUGCUAGUAACAAUGUGAAGCACCCCCAUCACUCUUCAAAUUACUUUCGUUAUUACGCC